AUGGACGAAAUUUCAUACAAUUUUCUUGUUGGAAGCGAUGGUUAUGGUUACGAUGGUAGAGGCUGGGAUGUCAUGGGAAACCAUACCGAGGGUCACAAUGCUAAAACUAUUUGUAUUACAUUUAUUGGAAAUUUCUCUGAAGAGCCGCCGCCAGCACAUCAAUUGAAAGCUGCCAACAAAUUGAGAAAAGGUGCAAAAUUGGGAAAAAUUAACUCCGAAUACAAACUAUUUGGACUCAGCCCUGGUCCAACAUUAUAUGGAAUCAUUCAAACAUGGGAUCAUUGGAGCAGUGAAACCUGUUCAUAA